UUUUCCCUCCUUUUCGACCAUCUCGUUGAAAAUUUCGCGCGUUUCAAACUCCAAGAAUCAAAACAUGCAUGUUGUAGUGAUUGGAUCCGGCAUUGCAGGUGCUACAUGUGCAGAGUCGCUCGCAGUAGCCUGGCGAAACCAACCGGAACACCGAAUUACGCUCUUGUCGGCCUCCCCAAUGCUCAAAACGGUCGCCAACUUUCACCAGCUGUCGCGGACGCUCGAGACGUUCGAGAUUGUCGAGCGCUGGCUGGAUGACGCGCUGCAGUAUCCCAAUCUGAGCAUCGUGCACGCGACUGUGGCCUCCGUCGACACACGCGCCAAGUCCGUCCUGGACACGGCAGGUCGGCGCCAUGCGUAUGACAAGCUCUGUGUCUGCGCUGGAGCGAGACCCAACCUGAUCGCGACCGCCCAUCCCGAGCACGUCAUCGGGAUUCGCGACACGGAGAGCGUCAAGGAUUUGCAAGCGCGGCUGGGAAGUGCGCGGCGCGUUGUCGUUGUCGGCAAUGGAGGCAUUGCGCUGGAGCUUGUACAUGAAGUCCAAUUCUGCGACGUCGUUUGGGCGGUGCGCGAUGAGCACAUUGGCACAAGCUUUUUCGAUGCGGGUGCCGCUACGUUUUUCAUGUCGGAUGUCAAGCUGGAAUCAGCGGGCAUGAGCGAGAACGAGUCAACGGCAACACUUCGACAUGGACUGCCGGAAGAACCUGAGGAAACCGAGAAUGGUGUCGCCAUUUUCACUCCGCACACACUCCAACAGCGCGCUGCCAAGGCCGCUCUGGCCAGCGCUCGUGCCGGCGUCUCCGAUAUUCCUUCCUCACAGGCUCCUCCAGAGCCAAACCAAACAGCUCCUGCUAUGGAAGUCUAUUCUGGGGCUGCGCUCGGUCCACGGUGGCAAGACCAGGCUCGCUUGCAUCCAAUCGGAGAGCGCAUCGAUACCCCGCGUCGAGUGGUCGAGCUCUCGACAAGUGUUAGUGCCGUACUGUCUCCGGCAGAGUUUGUCGCAUACCGACAGCAGCACCCAGCUAUUGUGCACAAUGACACAGACAUCCUCGACUGGCCUGCCAUUGUUGUGCUGAGCAACAAUCGAGUUUACGGCUGCGACGUCGUUGUUUCGGCCACCGGAGUAGUUCCGUGCGCUGAUUUUAUUGGUCCUGAGAUUCUGCGAGCGUCGGACGGCGGGAUUGCAGUGAACGACCAAAUGCAAACCAAUCUGCCCGAUGUUUUUGCGGCGGGCGAUGUGUGCACAGUGCAGUGGCCGACAUCGAGUCACUGGUUUCAGCUGCGAUUGUGGACACAGGCGCGUCAAAUGGGCGCCUAUGCUGCGCGUUGCAUCCAAGCUGCGGCCAAACACGAGCUGGCCUUGUUGGACUUUUGUUUUGAGGCAUUUGCACACGUCACCCGGUUUUUCGGCUUCAAGGUAGUGCUAUUGGGGCUGUACAAUGCGCAAGGACUCGCCGUUGGGGACUACGAGGUUCUGCUGCGGGUGACACGAGGGCACGAGUAUAUCAAGCUUGUGCUUGCCAAUGGGUGCGUUCAAGGUGCCGUCCUGAUUGGCGAGACAGAUCUAGAGGAAACGUUUGAAAAUCUCAUUUUGAAUCAGCUGGAUGUGUCUGCAUUCAAGGACAUGUUGCUCGAUCCCGACGUAGACGUUGAAGAUUAUUUUGAUUAACCGAUGGUGUAGGGUUGUACCUUCGAAAUAACAAUUGUAUUAACUGACAAAACA